CCGACCAAGCUAACCGCGUACCUACUUUUUGCUAUAUAUAUCACAGGUCUCGUACAACAUCUCAUCCGGAGUAGGAGGAAAGUUUGCCAUCAACUCUACUACAGGUGUACUAACCACAACAUCAACUCUCGACUACGAGACUGUACCACUGUAUAACAUGAAAGUCAUCGCGUACGAUGGUGGCUCAAGACAAACAACCAUCAAUGUGAUCGUAACAGUCACUGGCGUCAACGAAUUCACACCAUCAUUCAUACCCAACAACACAUACCAACUCUCAUUGGCUGAAGACAUARCAAUAGGACAUGACGUCAUCACCGUGUCAGCUAGCGACCAAGAUAGUGGUACACAAGGCUUGGUCACUUAUGCCAUCCUUAGUGGAGAUACUUAUGGUAACUUUGUCGUAGAUCGAUCUUCAGGUCGUAUUGAAUURCGUAAGGCUCUGGAUUACGAGACAGUGUCUAGUAUAGAAUUGACUGUCAUUGCGGUUGAUAGUGAUGAAGGAAGUCCUAAGUCUGCUAACGCUAAGGUCACGAUUAGCAUCGUAGAYGUGAAUGAUAACUACCCACAAUGCAGCCCGAACCUGCUGACGCCCGCUGUGUCAGAGACAGCGGUGAACGGUAGUACUGUUGCYAUGCUCAAUUGCAGCGAUAAGGAUAGUGGAUUGAAUGGGCAGUUAACUUAUACCAUCACAAGUGGAAACUCUGCAGGUUACUUUACAGUAUCAAGCAUAGGUGUGGUUACUCUAGCUAAAUCUCUAGACUACGAGUCGGUCCAGUCCUUUCCCUUAACGAUCACAGUCACAGAUAAUGGCGCUAGUUCCAAAUCUUCACAAGUAUCAAUACAAGUAAUGGUAACUGAAGUCAACGAACACUCGCCAGUAUUCACCAACAGUGCUUCAUACGCCACGUCCGUGUCAGAGGACACUAAUGCGGGYUCAGAAAUACUUCGAGUGACAGCUAACGAUGGUGAUAAGCACAGUGAAGUUGAAUAUACGAUCAUCGCAGGGAAUGAUGGUAGUUUUCAUAUCGAUUCGUCCAAUGGUGCGAUAUCUCUUUUAAAGAUACUUGAUCGAGAGAUUAGUGCGUCUCAUACAUUGAUCAUCAAGGCAUCAGAUGGUUUACACACUGCAAACGCUACAGUUCUUGUUACUGUGUCUGAUGUCAACGAUAAUUCCCCCGUGUGUAGUCCAACGUCGUACGCAGCUGUUAUCGCAGAAGACGCUGGCGUUGGGUCGAGUGUGGUUCGAGUCACGUGUUCAGAUGACGAUGAAGGGUUGAACAAGGAACUAUUCUAUAGGUAUUGCAGCUAA